CCCAUUUCACUUUCAGAUCAGCCAAAACCCGCCCAAAACCCAUAAGACGAGUCGGCCAAAACCCGGUUGUUUUCCACCGGCGUGAAGUGCAGAAUGAUUUGCUGCAUAUCGCGUGUUUCUUCAUACGCUGCCGCUCUUUUCAUAUCACGCACAAAUCGUUCCUAUUCCACUCUGUGGAACAACACCACAAAAAUCGCCGUUAAUUUCAAAUUAUUGAACUCAGAUUUUUCCAAGUUAAAAUUAGCUGAUAAUCUUCAUUUUCGUUGCUACUCUACUAAAAAAACUACUACGCCUCGUUUAAAAGUUUCUCGUAAGAAAAAAUCAGAUUCUCCCGCUUCAACUAUGGAGCAAGAUAAGGAAAACGAUGCGUUUUUUGUUGUGAGAAAAGGUGACGUGGUUGGUGUUUAUAAGAGCUUCACUGAUUGUCAAGCUCAAGCUGGUUCUUCGGUGUGUGAUCCUCCUGUUAGUAUAUUCAAAGGUUAUUCGUUACCAAAAGACAGUCAGGACUAUCUUCUAUCGCGCGGACUUCAGAAUGCCUUGUAUACUAUUAGAGCUGAAGAUUUGAAAGAGGACCUUUUCGGAACUCUUGCGCCUUGUUCUUUUCAGCAACCUGCUUCUUCCGAAGGAGAACCUUUGGCACCGGAUGCAACAAAAAAGAGAUCACAGGAGUUUCGGGAAUUGCAAACUGUGGAAAUAGAUGGAUCAACAUCUAGCUUAACGGAUCCUUUGAGUAAGCGUGCCAAAUUGGAUAACCAAAGUGAAGCUCAGAGCUCAUGUAUUCUCGAAUUUGAUGGUGCUUCAAAAGGAAACCCUGGACCAGCUGGGGCAGGAGCUUUGUUGCGGGCUACAGAUGGACGUAUAAUCUGCAGAUUACGAGAAGGAUUGGGCCACGUAACAAAUAAUGUGGCCGAAUACAGAGCCGUGAUUUUAGGAUUGAAAUAUGCUCUUAAAAAGGGUUAUACAAAUAUUCGUGCCAAAGGUGACUCCAAACUUGUUUGCUCUCAGAUUCAGGGAUUAUGGAAGGUCAAACACAAAGACAUGGCUAUUCUGUGUGAGCAAGCCAAACAGCUGAAGGAUAAGUUUGUUUCUUUUCAGAUCAGCCAUGUUCUAAGGGAAUAUAAUUCGGAGGCUGAUGCUCAAGCAAACUUGGCCAUCAAGCUUGCUGACGGCCAAGUUCAAGAGGAAUGUUUCUAAGCCAGUGAACUGAGGGGCUACAAAAUUUGCCUAGGUGACUGAAUUAUUUAAAGUUGAACUCUGACGCUGGUGUGCCAGUUUGAAGCGUACGUCGAUACCUACUUCUGUUCUGCCAAAAUCUACCCAUACUUGAGAUGCUCUCAACCACCUUAAGACGUUCUCGAAAGCAGCUGAAAAUUAACAAUUUUUUUGAUAUCUUAAUUGUUGAAAUACCCAGAAACUCAAUAAGCUUUCAGGAACUUCUUUAUCUAAUUAUUCUUCCCCUAUUUGGUUAUUGACCAGCUUGCUCCGAAUUAUUUAUGUAUAUAGACUAUAGCUUGAAACAAGUGUACUUAGAUGGAUGUAAUGGGUUAAUUUAAAUAGAUUGGAUGUAAUGGGUUUAUUAUUUUAAUAAUGAUAAAGAAUUUUAUGUUCAGACAAAA